ACCAAGCUUGACCAUGGCAUACACUAUUACAAGCAAUUCGCCUAUACAGGCUAACCCAACCAAGAUCUUUUUACAUGGUCUUGGAACACUCUCCUUUUCCUAUAGCUUUUACCUCUUGACAACCUGGGACUCAGCAUACUCUGAUUCUUUCGGAUGGUACUUUCAGCUUCUCACUGUCGUGGGCCUCACCUUGUCUCUUAUCACGUCUACCUUUGGCCUCAUCGCAGAUAUUAUGAGACAUGAUGGCUUCUCAAGGACCAAAGACACUAUCUUACUUCUUGCGACGCCUCUCGAAGUCAUGAUUGCUGUCCUAUACUGGUCUAUCAAAUUCCACGAUCCAUCAUUACUCAUGCCAGCCGACCUUGUCAUCAAUCCCUGGGCUGAUCUUGGAUACCACCUAGUACCCGCGGUGCUAUUAGUACCGGACUUACUGUUGUACAGUCCCCGAGCGACUAUUACUACGAGGAGCAUGAUGUUCACCAGUACCAUUUUGGCUGUCGUUUAUUGGUGCUGGAUUGAGUUGUGCUAUUACCAAAAUGGCUGGUAUCCGUAUCCCAUGAUGGAUCAGUUCAGUGCCAUUCAGCGGGUUGCAGUUUUUGUUGGGUCAUCAGGAUUACUGACCUUGACAUCGUCUUCCCUCCAAUGGGUACACGGCAAGGUGCACAGUCUUAAUGUGACGAAAAUCAAGCCGAACUGAAAAAUGAUCAAAACAAGUCAGGUCGCUGUGGACUCGGAAAGAGGUGCCUAAGAGAAUAAGGGAGAGGCGGAAUUCCGUUCCAGCUUUGCGGUGGUCAAUUUGGCGAGUCAUUUCGCUGUAAAAUUAAGGAUUUUACAGGCUUUGGUGAAACGGCAGACAGUGAAACAAAUCCAUUAGGAAUUAGCCAAUGGACCCAUGAAGAUCGGUGUCCAAGCUCCAGUGAAUCAGCC